UUAUUUGAAGACUCAUAAGCUUUCCCAGGAUUUUUCUUUCACUUUCUCUGAAUUCAAACGGAAUAAGAAAAAGAAAAUGCCAACGUACAAGAUUAGGGGAAUCGACGUCGACUUCCCCUUCGAGGCCUAUGAUUGCCAGCUCGUUUACAUGGAAAAAGUCAUCCAGUCUCUUCAGAGCAAAUGUAAUGCACUCUUGGAGAGUCCUACUGGGACUGGGAAAACUUUGUGCCUUCUUUGUGCAACAUUGGCUUGGAGGAAAAGUCUUGGUCCAUUCUCAAUUGGGAAGAUUGAAAGGAAUGGUCGGACUGCAGGAAACAAAUCUGAUGAUAUGCCAUUGAACUCCGAGGAUAAUGGCCUUCCUACUAUAGUGUAUACUUCUCGUACUCACAGCCAGCUUCGGCAAGUUAUUCAAGAGUUGAAGAGAUCAAGCUACAGGCCGAAAAUGGUAAUAUUAGGAUCACGGGAGCAGUUAUGCAUUCAUGAUGAAAUCAGUUUAAUACGUGGAAAAGCACAGACAAAUGCCUGCCAUUUUGUUUGCAGAAAGCGGGGAAAGAGUCAAUGCACUCAUUAUGCUCGUGUUGGAGACUAUGUGCGGCUUAAUCCCCAUCUUGGAGAUGAACCUGUUGACAUAGAGGAUUUGGUUAAUAUUGGAAAAAGAUUUGGACCGUGCCCUUAUUAUGUUUCAAAGGAGCUCCACAAGGUGGUGGAUAUUCUAUUUGCACCUUAUAAUUAUCUUAUUGAUCGUAGCUAUAGAAGAUCUCUUAAAAUUGAUUGGGAGAACUGUAUACUGAUAUUUGAUGAAGCUCACAACUUGGAAAGCUUAUGUGCAGAUGCAGCUUCUUUUGACUUAUCUUCUGGGCUUCUGACAGCUUGCAUUUCUGAAGCAAAAUCCUGUAUUGAUCUUUCUGUAGCGAGAAGAGAAGAAUCCAAUGAUAAAUCAGGAAAUCCAGAUAAUUUUGCUAUUCUUAAAGCAAUUCUAUUGAAACUUGAGAAGCGGAUUGCUGAGGUGCCUAUUGGAUCCAAGGAAUUGGGAUUCACAAAGCCUGGGCCUUACAUUUAUGAACUAUUGGCUGAUCUUAAUAUCACUCAUGAAACUGCUUCAAAGCUCACUGGUAUAAUUGAGGAAGCUGCUCUGCUUCUUGAGGAAGAUAAGCAGCGUAGAGCAAAUGGCACAGUCUGCAGGCUGGAAAGCAUUGGCAAUAUCCUCAAAAUUAUUUUUAGGGAAAAGGACAAUGCUCAUGCAAAUUUCUAUCGUGUUCAUGUUCAAGAGGUUGAGGCCAGUGCUUCUGAUGCCUUAAAAGGUAAGACUUCUAGAAUGCUCAGCUGGUGGUGCUUUAAUCCUGGUGUUGCCAUGGAAGAGUUCUCCCGUAUGGGUGUUGGCUCCAUUAUACUGACAUCUGGAACAUUAUCUCCCAUGGAGUCGUUUGCACAAGAGUUGAAAUUAGAAUUUGGGGCUUGCUACCUCAGAAAUUUCCCUAUUCGACUGGAAAAUCCUCAUGUCAUAUCCUCAAAUCAGAUGUGGGCUGGUGUUGUGCCAGCUGGCCCUUCUGGCCGUCCCUUCAACUCAUCUUACAGAAAUCGUGAUUCAAUAGAAUACAAACAAGAGCUUGGGAAUGCUAUUGUUAAUUUUGCUCGAAUUGUACCUGAUGGAUUGCUUGUGUUCUUUCCAUCUUACUACCUUCUGGACCAAUGCAUUGGUUGCUGGAAGAAUGAGAGCCUAGCAAGUUCAACAACAAUUUGGGAAAGAAUAUGCAAACAUAAGAAACCUGUUGUAGAACCUAGACAAUCUUCACUGUUUCCUUUGGCAAUUGAGGAUUAUAUGGCUAAGCUGAAGGAUACCUCAACUUCUGGUGCUGUUUUUUUUGCGGUUUGUCGUGGCAAGGUGAGUGAAGGAUUGGAUUUUGCUGAUCAUGCUGGAAGAGCCGUAGUGAUCAUUGGCAUGCCUUUUCCCUCAAGGAGUGAUCCUAAGGUUAGGUUAAAACGGGAGUUCUUGGAUGAACAGUUGCACUUGCAACGGGAUGCAUGCAAGAUGCUGAAGUUGCAGAUUCUAAGUGGAGAAGAUUGGUACACUCAACAAGCAUCGAGAGCUGUGAAUCAGGCUGUUGGACGAGUAAUUCGGCAUCGCUAUGAUUAUGGCGCAAUUAUUUUUUGUGAUGAAAGGUUCGUGAAUUCAAAUUCUCAGUCCCAAAUAUCACUUUGGAUACAGCCUCAUAUCAAGUGUCACUUCAAAUUUGGGGAUGUGGUUUUUACUUUGAGUCGCUUCUUCCGAGAUGGAGUACAGAUUCCCACAAAGCUUAAGUCAAUACAAAGUGAAGACAUGGCAAGUGCCAGCGAGGUGAAAACUUCACAGCCUGCAGACAAAUUUUACCUAGAUGAUUUUCUUAAUUCGACAGGUCAGAGUUGCAAUGGGAAAUCGCUGUCUUCUUUGCUUGAUGUUAGAAGAGGCAAAAGGCAAUUGGAGGAGGUCCUUCCUGCUAAUCGAUCAUCUCUCACUACUUUCAAGCAAAAUCAAGAUUCCAAAUUGAAGUAUUUGAGUGGUCUAAUAUGUAAUGAGAAAACAUCUCUAAUGUGUGAGAGGAAAAAUAUACAACAUCAGAAUCAAGAGAGAAUUGACUUAAUUGGCAAAUCUGUUUUGGAUGAAAUCCCAAACAGAGGAGUAUUGCUACCAUAUACUGCAAAGAAGCGUAAAGGAUGUAACUCAGAGCAUGAAUUAAAGGGACAGCUAGAAAAUACUGAGUCGCACACAUCUAGUGCCAAAAGGUCAAAUUCAAAUAACCCUUAUUCCCCUUUUAGUUUGGUGAUGAAACCAGAGAAUCCACAGAUUUCUGAUAAUGGAAGCAGACAAACUGCUCAAGUUGUUUCAGCAUUCCCAUGUAAAGAUCAUGGUAUUGCAAAAGACUCAAAGUCCCUUGCUCAGAAAGGCAAAGUUGUUCAGCCUACUCUGGUACCUUGUAGUGAUGAGGAAAAAAGAGGAUCUGCAUUUCUGACACAGGUCAAAGAGAAACUUACAUCAGCAGAAUAUAAAGAAUUUGUGGGGUUUAUGAAGGCGCUAAAGUCCAAAGCAAUGAAGAUAGGUAGUGUCCUAGAAUCUAUUGUGAUAUUAUUUUCUGGACCAGAUAGGCGUCCUCUUCUUAAAAGAUUCAAGGAUUAUAUUCCUGCAAAGUAUCAUUCUUUAUAUGAGCACUAUAUUGAAGCAAAUGAUGAAACACUCAAUAACCAAAUGCAGCAUGAAUGAUAGGAGAAACUGUACAACUGCAUAAGCUAAAACUGCCAAUUGAAGCAAUUGAAUUGUGCAAGCAUUUUUUCUUACCAGAAUCCAAUAUUCCUUGCGAUUAUGGUACUAGAAGCUCGACUCGAAGGCUUUUGGUGUUGUAUGCUGUCCAGUCGGAUCCCAAACGCAUUCUUUUAUUUUGGAUUCCUUGGCUGAUAAGGUAUGCUUUCUGUACAAGGUUUUUGGCUUAAAAGCAAACAAGCUAUGCUGACAGUCAAGUCCAGCACCUGUAAUUGUGAUGGAGAGGUUAAAUGUCAAGACGGACUCCACCAGUGCUUCCUGGUUUGCUGGGUGGAAGACAUAUUUCGCUGAACAAAUUUACCUUUGUAUAUAAGCUUUGAACACCCUUUUGAGCUGUGUUCAAUUGUACUCAACAAUUUUUUUUUUCUUCUUUUCCGUGUAAUUAGUUUCAAUUGUGGUUUAAACUCGAUAAUUUACAAUAACCCAAAUUUGGUUGAGCUAAAAAUCGUUAAAGUUUCAGA